AUGGCAAGCACUCCCAUUUCAAACACCGUAGCCACUAGUAAUGAUGGAGCAGAUCCAGUGGGUGAGCAAAUUUCGAACAUCAUGUAUGAUGAAGUAGAUCUUGAGGGUGAGGGACACAAUCAACUCAUCACCUCAGAAGACAAUGUGACGAUGAAUCAGAUCUUGGCCACCCAUGCUAAACAAAAUUUCCACAAGGUUGACCUUACACCCCAUCUCCAACUCAUCGAGGAAAUUCUCCGGCACUCCACCACCCUCCAACGCACCAAUAUUCAUGACCUACAAGUUUCUUCACUCAUGGAAAGCUUGAAUGAAAAGUCCCAAAAGGUCGACUUCUUAGGCAUGCUUGAAGCACUGGCUUACACUCUACACAAGAUCUCUUGCGAGAUAUCUUGCAAGUGCUUUUCGAGUGGGGAUGGGAAUUGGAAUGGGCGCUCGAUAACAAUGGCACUUUUAAAGUCUCUAUCAAAUUUCUCCUGGGAUGCGAAGGUGGUGGUGGCAUUAGCCGCCUUCGCCAUCACCUAUGGGGAGUUCUGGCUAGUGGAGGAAUUCUACCGAACACACCCUUUGGCCAAGUCCAUAGCUCUACUAAAGCAAUUACCUAACAUAUUUGAACAAUCAGAGAAAUUGAGGCCCACGUUUGAAGUGCUAUGGAGACUUAUCAAAGCCAUGCUCGAUGUGACCAAGUGCAUCGUCCAAUUCCAUGAGCUGCCACCUAAGUACAUCUCCCCUGACCAACCACCCAUGUCAGUGGCCACCACCCUCAUCCCUACUGCUGUUUAUUGGACCAUCAGGAGUGUCGUCGCCUGUGCAUCCCAGAUCAUCAGCCUUAUUGGUUUGGAACACAAAUCUAUUCCAUUGACCACUAAAGCGGAAAAGUUGUCUAGCUUAGCACAAAAGGUCAACAACAUACAUGAAAAUCUGAUUAAGCAACUCAAUCUUUGCAAUCAGCAUAUUGAUGUGAAGAAACAGAUCGAAGCUUAUAACACACUAGUGCAACUAUUUGAGACGACCCAUGUUGACAACAUGAAGAUUCUCAAGGCAUUGAUUAAAUACUCCAAUGAUGAUUUGCAGCCGCUUCUUCAUUGUUGGCAUUGA